AGCUAUGGCAGACGGAGAGUCACACUCUGACGCUGUUAGGGCAACACAAGUCAUGCAAGACUCAAAGCAGACAGAUGGCACAAACACAGAAGACGAAGACAGCACAUGUGUGACGGGCGAGAUCCCAUCUCUGCAGGAGCUGGAGGAGGUUCUGCAUUCAGCUCCACGCUCAUGUCGCCAUGGAGAUGAGGUGUGGCCGAACCUUUUUCUGGGAGACAUGUUUAUGUCUCAUGACAAGUUUGGACUCUGGCAGCUGGGCAUCACUCAUGUGCUGAACGCCGCUCAUGGUAAACUCUGCUGUAAGGGCAGCGAUGAUUUCUACGGAACCACAGAGAAAUAUUACGGCGUCCCCGCUAAUGACCUGCCGACAUUUGACCUCUCGCCAUUUUUCUACCCAGCUGCAGAGUUCAUUCACCAGGCUUUGACAUCAGGAGGGAAGGUUUUGGUGCACUGUGCAGUGGGAGUGAGCCGUUCAGCUGCUUUGGUUCUUGCCUACCUGAUGAUCCAUCAUCACCUCAGUCUUCUGUCUUCCAUACAUCAUGUGCAACAAAAGCGCUGGAUUUUUCCUAAUAGAGGAUUUCUAAGACAACUUAUAAAGCUGGACCGAAAACUGCUCAAAGAAAGGCCAAAAAAAUGGCACAAAAAAGACAAACCUUAA